UUGGUACAUCCCAUUUGCUGACCUGUACACACAAGAUGGCAGCUUCGUUGGAAGAAGAAUUUGAAGAUGCGCCCGAUGUGGAGCCUUUAGAACCAACAUUGAAAAACAUUAUAGAGCAGAAAUCUCUGAAAUGGAUAUUUGUUGGAGGCAAAGGUGGCGUUGGCAAAACAACAUGCAGCUGCAGUCUGGCUGUACAGCUGGCUGCGGUGCGUGACAGCGUGCUCAUCAUCUCCACUGACCCGGCACACAACAUCUCAGAUGCCUUUGACCAGAAGUUCUCUAAGGUGCCCACAAAAGUCAAGGGCUACGAGAACCUCUUCGCUAUGGAGAUUGACCCCAGCCUGGGUGUGGCGGAGCUCCCAGAUGAGUUCUUUGAAGAGGACAACAUGCUGAGUAUGGGCAAGAAGAUGAUGCAGGAGGCCAUGAGCGCCUUCCCCGGCAUCGACGAGGCCAUGAGCUACGCAGAGGUCAUGAGGUUAGUGAAAGGCAUGAACUUCUCUGUGGUGGUGUUCGACACUGCCCCCACUGGCCACACGCUACGUCUGCUCAACUUCCCCACCAUAGUGGAGAGAGGCCUGGGACGACUCAUGCAGAUCAAGAACCAGAUCAGUCCCUUCAUCUCACAGAUGUGUAACAUGCUGGGUCUGGGAGACAUGAACGCAGACCAGCUGGCCUCUAAGCUGGAGGAGACCCUACCAGUCAUCCGCUCUGUCAGUGAGCAGUUCAAAGACCCUGAACAAACAACGUUUAUCUGUGUGUGCAUCGCCGAGUUCCUGUCCUUGUACGAGACGGAGCGCCUGAUCCAGGAGCUGGCCAAGUGUCGCAUCGACACGCACAACAUUAUCGUCAACCAGCUGGUGUUCCCCGACUCAGACCGGCCAUGCAAGAUGUGCGAGGCCCGCCACAAGAUCCAGUCCAAGUACCUGGACCAGAUGGAGGAUCUAUAUGAAGAUUUCCACAUAAUCAAGUUACCGCUGCUGCCCCACGAGGUACGGGGGUCCGAAAAAGUCAACACCUUCUCAAUGCAACUCCUGGAGCCCUACAUCCCCCCUACCAAGUGAUUGACCUCUGACUCCCAGUCGCAGUCUGAACUCACCAUCUCCGUCCCCCUUGACCCCAGCCUCACUCCUGCAUUACAGCAACCCAGCAAGAACAUCCCCAUCCUCUUCAUCUUCAGGAACCUAAACCACUACAGCAAGAACGACACACACACACACACACACACACACACACACACACACACACACAGGGGGCGGACAACACAGAACACAAGGACACACAACCACCUGCUCCUGUUGUAGGCCUACAGUCUAAAAGCGAAAGGAGGAUCCACAUGUGAUUUCUCUCUCCUUUCACUUUUCUCUAUCAUUCUAUCUAUACCAUUCUCUCCAUCAUAUCUCACCAGGGAAAGAUGAACUAUUCCUAAAGAAUUUAACUUUUCCCAGAGGAACACUCAAGGCCCCCCCCCCCCCUUUCUCCUCUCCUCCUCCUCCUGCCUCCAUCCUAUUUUUCCUUCCAUAUUCCAGCCUCAGUAAUGUACAAGUGAAACUAUCCCUAAUGGCUGAGUUUGGUGCCGCUGCUGUGUUUUUCAGUAUAAAACAGCUUUGAGACGAUGGACUGCAUCUUUGGUUUUUACCAUGUGGUUUAAUUAGACUGUAUCUGUUUGGUUUGCAUCUGAAAUGGCACCCUAUUCCCUGUAUAGUGCAUUAUUGCCACACAUUUUGACCAGGGCCCUGGUCAAAAGUAGUGCACUAUAUAUAGGGAAUAGGGUGCCAUUUUGGAUGCACAUUCUGACUUCUUAAUGCCCUCCAUUGUGGGAAUGGAGAAUAAUAUGAGUCGUGGGAAAGUUUAGUCUGUUUUGGAUGAAGGUGGGUGUGUGAUGCAGGGUGAGGACUUACGACCCCAGGGUGAAUAGUCAUUAUGAAGAGGGAUAUAGGCCUAGAGGGAAGGGUUUUCAGAUCAUGUUAUAUUUCUGUCCCACCAAUCCCAUCAGUCCACUGACCAGCCUUAGAAGAGCAUUUGAAUACUUGAGUAAUAAUAGCAUGGACAUACUUAACUACAUUAUUUGACCAAAAUGUUGUUCUCACGCACCACAUGUUUAUGGUGUAAAUAACAUGGCCCCACCUACAUUUAGUUCAGCUCUUGGAUAAAGAAAUUAUAUUUAUUGAUCACUGAGCAGUGUCAUUCAUCUAUAAUCUACAGUAUCAGAUGGCUACUUGUAAUUAUUUUAUGCCAAUGUCAUUGUUUUCGCUACUCUAGGAUGCCACUGAAGCAGUCUUUGUGUAAAGCUUUUAAAGUGCUACUUUUCUCUCUAGCCUGGUUGAACCAGACUGAAUGCUGCACUCACCAUUGAGUACAGUGUUCAGCCUGGGUGGGGGGGACUUAGCCUGGUUAAACAAAUCUCUUUCUCCCUGGUCAAAAGUAGUGCAUUUUAUAUAGGGAAUGGUGUGCUGUUUCAGACACACCCUGUCUGUUGUGUAGAGGGCUCUCUAUUUGGGUACACAGCGUGAUGCUAGUUGGCUACUUGGCUUAAUGAAUGCCUUAAUGCAUUAUAAUAUACAAUUGAUUACUGAAUGUUGAUUGGUCCCCUGUUGAAAGGUUGGUUCAUUAUUUAGCUCCUAUUUAGACAUCAUCCAGUGUGGGAUUUUUGUGUUGCCUGCAUUUUUGCAUUGGUGCACAAUUGGCACAGCUUUUUUGAUCCACAGGCAAAAUAUCCCACUAGCUGUCAAUUUGACUUGUCAUCAAGAUAGUCACACACCAGAAGUGGUCAUUAUACUACCAGCUAUAGCCCCAUAAUCUCUGCAGUAGCAACACAAGUCUUGGAAGGGUCCUUUUGAUUUGAUUUUGUCCAUGCAAUGUUAUUAAUGCUUCAAGUUAUGCAUACCCCCCCCCCCCCCAGGCAAUUGUUAAACUUACUAAAUAAAAAACAAACAUGUCUAAUUCGCAGGGA